GACACGUCGAAUUCAAGAUUUCGGCGUGCCAAUUGCAAAUAACAUCGUCAAAUCAGACCAGAACAAGCGAAGAAAAGGAGAUCUGCAUAACGACACCGGAAAGAACAAUCUCUGAAAAGGGCGUCAAAGCAGUUAUGAGGGAAAGGGAGACUUUUAGUUUUUGGAGACAAAUUGAGUGAGAAGAAGAAAAAGAGAGUUUUAGUUAGAAGAAAGGAGCAAAACAGAAAGGGAGAGAAACAGUCACAAGGAGAGAGAUGGGAUGGAUAGUAAAUAAACGGGUAGAGAUAGGAAGAGGAAAGACAAGUCGCAUUUGGGGAGGAGCAUUUCUUUGUUGGAUUUUAUUCAUGUUGGCCACACCCAGAAUCCCUAUUUCCCACCAGCAUCACCAAUUUGCUGACAUGCGCAAUUUUCUUGGAGUGCCCAACACAUGGAAUGUAUUCAGCAAUUUCCCUUUUUUGAUUGUGGGUGUUGUGGGUUUCGUACUCUCUCUUCAAGGGUGCUAUUUAAAUAUAAGCUUAAGAGGAGAGAUUUGGGGUUGGGUGCUAUUCUAUGGAGGAAUAGUAGCUGUUGCUUUUGGUUCUGCUUAUUAUCAUCUCAAGCCUGAUGAAAGUAGACUCAUGUGGGACACUUUGCCGAUGAUGAUAGCAUAUUCUUCACUUUUUUCCAGUUUCGUUGUGGAGAGAGUGGGGCAACGAGUUGGAUUAAGUUGUUUGUUUGGGUUGCUAUUUGUUGUUUUACUUAGCACAACUUAUGCAAGAAUAUUUAAUGAUCUUCGGUUGUGCAUGAUGUUCCAGUUGAUUCCAUGUGUAGCCAUACCGGUCAUGGCCUUUUUGUACCCACCCAAAUAUACACAUUCAGUAUAUUGGAUUUGGGCAGCAGGGGCUUGCCUCUUAGCCAAGUUUGAAGCUGCUCUUGACAGAAAAAUAUACCAUGCAAAUCGGUACUUUAUCAGUGGGCACUCCUUGGAACACUUGUGCUCGGCAGCAAUUCCUGUUCUAUUCACUAUUAUGCUCAUGUAUAGAAAUGUUAGAAUGCAGAGGUUAGGCGACUUAAAAGAGCGUCUGUGAGAAAGUAGAGACACGAAGAAGGCAUUUCUAAGCUGCAGCCAGCAGGUACCAAGAAAUCAGUGAAGCAGACAGUAGCCACAGCGAAUAAUUUAUGAUUGGAUAAUUUCUUUUCAUUUAUUCAUUCUUUUGAAACGCUACGCUAACCAAGCAGGAAUUUUGUUUUGAUUACGUAUUGGUUGAAGUGAAUUUUUUACGUUGUCAUUAACAUGUCAUAUAAUUAAUUAGCAUCUAAUGAAAGAAUUUUGACAUGUAACUAUUUUAUCCUGAAA